AUGGAUGAAGCGCUAUCAGGUGCUUUUCUUUGCGUCAAGAUAAUCAAUAUCGACUACUACCUCUGGCAGCCGGAACACCUCUCCAGUGAUCCAGGCUGGCUCGAGAGGUUUACACCGGCCCAGCGAGGUCGUUCGCUUCCGGCGGUACGGAUCAUCGGACGCACUUCAGCGGGUUCUACAGUCUGCCUGCACUUGCACAAUACGUUUCCUCGCACGUAUGUGCCAUUACCCGAAACCGUCGCACAUAAUCCUGAGGCUGAACGGCGCUGGACGCAGCGACUCCGGGUUGCGCUGGAACGGGCACUCGAGCAGUUGCACCUGCAGCAGCGCGACCAGCGACAAGCUCCAGAUGCCAACUGGUCUGCAAACCAGCCAGGUUCUGGUGCUGCCACCGAGGCGCCUUCAUCAGUCGAGGACGCUGCUGCUGACCGCUACAUUUAUGAUAUCACGAUUGAAUGGCGUCGCUGCAUUUACGGCUUUAAAGCAAACGCACAACGGUUUGCUCGGAUUCGGUACAUUCAUCCAGCAGAGAGCGCACGUCUCGUGCAGGCACUCGCUAGCGGGAUGUUGGCCGCUGUGGACGACGGAACAAUGGACCCAGUGUUACCCGCCCGUUUACAGCCGUACGAGGCACACCUGCCAUACGUGCUGCAGGUCAUGGCAGACUACGGCCUAGCCGGGUUUGGGUGUAUCGGACUUUGCAGUGGUCGUUUUCGUCCACCGCUGGCUUCGCCGCGCGAUGCUGCCAGUGAAGAUGCUGAUCAUGGCAUGCAAGCACGACACAGCGCCAGCUUGGUCGACAACCUUCCACCGGACAUGGUCUGGAACGUGCCCGUCAAACGGCAGACCGACUGUCACCUAGAGGUGGAUGUGUGGUUACCCAGGGAUCUGCAUCCAGCACAUCUUCACGGUGAGCAGGAACCAACUGAUCUGGAGCGCCACGUUCCGUCGCUUCGGCUCAUCUGGGAGAGCGAACGCAGACGUCGAUGCCUCUCUUCGUGGCGCCAGAUGUGGGUCCCUAUUGCACACUGUCGACUGGAGCGCGAGGUGCAACCCAUGGACACUGGUUUGAAGCAGCGCCUUGGGAUGGUGGUUUCUCAGGCACUACGCAAACGUGCAGGAGCAGGGAAUCGGCAACAUCAAGAACGGAGGAACGCAAUCGCCCUGAACGAUGAAACGAGCCAAGCUGAUGAUCUCGCCAGUGCGCUUGCAGCUCAGUUUGGCUAUGCAGUUGAAUCCAGCACUGCAGAGCGCCUUCAUCCAGAGUCGGAUUUGGAGGAUGAAGUGCUCUGGAACUGGAUGGAGCAGAACUACCGAACUGGAGUGGGUGCAGCGAACGGUCAGCCGGUGGACACUUCCUUUGCAUCAGCGUACGCACUGGACACAUCCGUUUACGAAGACGAAGAGCAGCCCGUGGAUGAAGUCGCUACCCAGAAGGAAUGCGCAGACAUUCUGGAAUGUUCGCUGCCUUUGAAUGAAACACCAGGGCUAGGGGCGGAGACGGCAAAGGUGGCAACCUCGCCGGCGUCAUUGGUGCAUCGUCAAGACACGGAGCUGGGACUCAGCCCGCCUUGUUCCCCGUCGGUCGCCCCAAGUAGGACGCCUGUUCCAGAGUCCGUGUUGGCUUCUGCAUCGGAACUACAGCCUGGUCACGAAUCGGAGGCGGUUCAAGCACAGGCGUCGACGACGUCGAGGCCCCGACAGGCGAGCUGGUGUCUGGCGGCUUUCCAUCUCGAGCGAUCAAACGUAUCGCCAGCGAAUUGGUUCAUGAUUCCAGAUCAGCACCCGCCUUUUCCCUUCAAGUCAGAAUGGGGCGUUGCUCAGCAGAAACCCUUUUACAGCGCCAUUGAGGACAAAGCUUUCACGACAAGCGGGUCGAGCGUACGCUGGUUUCCGCAGACGCCUCUUUGGCGAGAGGUCGCCUGUCGGGCUUUCAGUUCCGACUCGGCGGCGGAUGCUGCUGGCCUCCAAACCUGGCGGACACCGCUGAGCUUGCCGCCUUUGCCACAGCACAUCGAGCGAAUUGAACGGUUUCGAAAGCGAAGCAGGCUCCUGGGAGCAUCAAGAAAGGUCAUUGAGGUGCGGAUGGAUAGUUACGGUCGCGAGGUGCGCACUGUAGCGGUGCUCGCAGCAGCGAAGCAUGCGGUUUCGAAUUCAGUAACCGUAACAGAAGAUGCACUGGCCAAUGCGAGGCCGGCUAGCGUCGGCAUCAAGGCGGAAACUGCACCGCGGUCGUGCCGCUCACCAAGGAGCAUUGAGCUUGGAACUAGUCCAAAAGCCUGGCGCUCUCCAUGGACCAGGGCGUCCGAGCUUGUCGACGCCCCGGAGUCCCGAAGCGUGGCGAUAGAGACCCCAGCGUCCGUUGAUUCCGUGCAACAAGGAGCGCCUCGUGCGCAUCGCGAAGAGGAGCUACCCGCUUUGCCCGCUGAUCAAGCGUAUGGCGCUGCAAGCGCAGCUGCACCUGGCCCCAUGGAGGCAGCGUGCAGUAGCGAGAACGGUAGCGCGUCCAAAUGGGUGUCCCCCGAGUUGUUGUCAGCAAGCAGCUCUGCGGAUUCUCAGCACACUGAAUGGAAAGCAACGUCGGACGUUGACGCACACCGAACGACCGCCCUACCCACGCAAACGGAUCGUAACUGGCAACUGCAUGGAGUGCAAGCGUCGCUCGAUGCCUAUGAUACGCGGGUGCAUUCGAGCUCGGCACAUGCAUCAGAAGUGCGCUCCACACGUAGCCCAGUACUGGAUCCGUCACCGUACCCAAAUUCGGACCCGAGUCUAGCACAAUCAUCAGAGGCGCGCUGCACGAACAGCCAAGUGCUGGAUCCGUUACCACACCCAGACUCGGACCUGACGCUUCGUCGUCCAGCCAGAGAGCCGCUAUCGUCGGCGGCAGCGCAACGAUGUCGCACGUUCAGCGACGAAACUGGUGCCAUGGACCCGCUCCCAGACACGGUUGCUGAACUCGAAGACGACGAAGCACAACUGGUGCCGCUCGUUCGACCGGCUUCGCCUCGUUACGACGAGCCGUCCGAGUUCUGGAGCGACGCUCCGCAUGCUGCGCCCGCUUUCUCCAGCGCUGCGAUACGAUCGUUGAGAACGGAUCGCGAGAAACGCUCCCGGGGGCGACUCUCGGAUAUCACGGGCCCAUCACAGAUAUCCAGCGGCAGAGACUCCUCGGGGAUUAGUGGAGAGCCCGCACCACUUGAGCCGCUGGCGCUUCACCAUCAGUACGGCACCGAAACCUUUCGAGUACUAGCCAUAGAGUCACUCUCGAUCAAUCGUCGAGAGCAGCGCCCUGACGCUCUUCAGGAUCCGCUGGCUGCAAUCGGACUCGUCUUCCGGGGCGAUGACUCCGAUGCCGAUCGUCAUAUCAUGCUCGUGAACAGCGCUUUACGCACAAACACUGGAGACGAUGCGAGUGCUGCGCUUACCGAGCGGACGGCGCUCGGCCUGGUGCCAACCACGGGAUACACGUUGCGGCCUACUCGAGUCGUGGUGCUGGGCUCGGAAGCGGCGCUGCUGCGGCAACUUGCGCUGCUCUGUCGUCAUCUGGACCCGGAUAUCCUGGUAUCGUAUUCGUUGCGCGAUGGAGGGAUCGGUUAUCUGCUGCAGCGAGCAGGCGUUCUGGGUUAUGACUUGGCUUCGGGGCUGUCUCGGGUAGCACUCGGCGUUCAUGACCCGAAAACCGAGCGGCAGUGGAGCCUGUCGAUGCACCCGUGGGAGACGGAUACUGCCUCCGGUGGUAUCCGCCUGCUGGGUCGAUACGUUCUGGACGUAUGGCGGAUCAUGCAAUCGGAGGUCAAGCUGUCGAACUACACGUUCUAUCGUGUUGUGGAGGAGAUUCUCGGACGCCGGAUGCCCCGCUUACCGUGGUCUACCCAACGAGACUGGUUCACGCGGGGUACCGCCGCCGACUGUCGCCGAGCCCUCGAACUGGUUUUGUUUCGCGCUGCCUGGACGCUGGACCUCCUUGAAGCGCUGGAUAUCCUCGGACGCUCGGCCGAGAUGGCCACCAGCUACGGCAUCGACCUGUUAUCUGUGUUUCUUCGGGGCAGUCAGUAUCGAGUGGAGAGUCUGAUGGCGCGACUCGCGCACGCCCAGGGGUACGUGCUGGUCUCGCCUACUGCUGCACAGGUCCGAUGUCAACCGGCAACGGCCUUCAUUCCGCUCGUUAUGGAGCCCGAAGCCCGCUACUACAGCGAUCCGGUCCUGGUGCUAGACUUUCAGUCGCUUUACCCGUCGAUGAUCAUCGCCCACAACAUCUGCUUUUCAACCUGUCUGGGGCGCGUCCUGCUCGAUAGCGAAAGCGACUGGUGCACUUUUGCAAGCGGCAUUCCGCGCGUGUUCGGUGUGCUGGAAGCGUACAGCCCCGACUGGAUCGGUCUCGUAGAGGCGCUCGCAACAGACGCAACACCGGACGUGGAAGCGUUGCUAACGGUGCUUCCGAACCAGACAGUUUUCGUGAAGCCUCGGGUACGGCAUGGCAUCUUGCCGCUGAUGCUACGAGAGAUACUGGAAACGCGGAUGAUGCUCAAAGGCGGCAUGGAGGCCAUCGAGAAGCAACACCGCACCGCACCGGUACCCGAAGCGGAACGUCUUCGCUUACAGGCCAUCUAUCGAAUGCUGAAUGCUCGUCAGUUUGCGAUGAAGUAUAUCGCCAAUGUGACAUAUGGGUAUACAUCUGCGUCGUUUUCGGGACGCAUGCCCUGUGCAGAGAUCGCCGACGCGAUCGUCAGUGCCGGUCGGGAGGCCAUGGAGCGCAUCGUAGCCACCGUGGAGCGCCUCUGGGGAGCAUCGCAUGGAGCACGGGUCGUCUAUGGCGAUACGGACUCUAUUUUUGUGCUGGUGCCGGGCGCUUCUCGUGAAGUCGCCUUUCAGCUGGGUCGUGCCAUGGCGGAGCAGUGCAGUGCGCUAUUUCCAGACCCGGUCCGACUCAAGCUCGAAAAGGUAUACAGCCGUUCGUUGCUGCUGGCGAAGAAGCGCUAUGUUGGUUGGGCGUACGAGUCAGAGAACCAGCUGAUGGGAAUGCUUGAUGCAAAGGGUAUCGAGACGGUUCGGCGCGACUCGUGUGGUCUAGUUCAGAAGAUUCUCGAGCGCGCGCUGCGCUUACUCUUCACCGGUGAUCAGGAUCUAUCGCCCAUCAGACGCUAUGUGCAGCGGCAACUUCAGCGAGUCCUUCAGAAUCGCUUCGAUUUUCGGGAUGCUAUCUUUUUCAAAGAGGUUCAACUGGGUCGUUACAAACCCGGCUACGAACCGCCUGCAGCGCUCGUUGCCCUGCGACAGCUGGAUCAGGAUCCAGCAGCAGUGCCGGCGUUUCGGGAACGUGUCCCUUACGUGGUAAUCUAUGGAGAGCCCGGAAGUACGCUGCGCGAACUCGUCGUGGACCCGGGGCAGUUUCUAGAAGCGCGGCGACAAGGGCGCAUCCUUCGCUUGAACACGCAAUACUAUGUGCGAAAGCAGAUCUUACCGGCUUUGGAGCGCUGCUUUUCGCUGAUGGGUGUGGAUGUUUUCAGUUGGUUCCAGCAGGUGCCUCGAGUUGCGUACCGUGCUCCACACAGUCGGGGCGUUCCGCUUGGAGCGCACCAGAAAAGCCGCAUAGAGCACUACCUUCCCGGUUUCUGCGCCGUAUGUGGUGAGAGCUGUGCCCCACAAACAGAGGUUUGUCGUGUCUGCCUCACACGCAUUCCUGAUAGCCUCGCGAUCGUCCAGCGGAAAUUGCACACUGCACAGCAGCGUCUCUUUCGUCUUCAGGAGCUCUGCCUACGUUGCAUUGGCGAAGGUAUCACCGCAAGCGAAUGCAGGGAUCGCCCGGGCGAGCCAUUAAGCGCAGGUGCUUGUUUGGCGCCGGAGCAGCACCAUCAGCACCAAUCGUGUUGGACGCAAUGCUGGUAUCCGCCUUGUGCACAUAUAGAAUGUGCGCUGCUUGUAGAGCGAGACAAGGCCUCUUUGACGACCGCCACAUACAUGCAUGCUUUGGGGGAACUCUCUGGCUAG